UAUUCGACUCAGCAUAUUGAUUUUGUUUAUUUGGUUAAAUCUGUGUUACAUUGUUCCAAGAGAGAAUAAAGUUUAUAUUCGUUAUUAAAAUCCAUAGUAUCAUCUAUUUAGUUUUGUUCUAAUCGUUUUGGAAAUAUAUAUGUCUUCAAUUAUGCAAAAGUGUAGUGAUGAUAAUAUACCCUUAGCGGACGACGAUCCACAAGUAAUAAUUACAGACGAUGUAGAAAACAACCAUAUGCAUCUAGAUCACGGUCGUUCUAUGGACUCUUUACCUAGUUCCUACACGGGAGGCUCGUCUAGCCCUGGCCUAAAUGGACCGCCCAGUUUUGAACCAGAUUCAGGAAUAGAUGAACAAGAAGAGAAGGCUAGAUUAAUUUCACAGGUUUUGGAACUACAAAAUACUUUGGAUGAUCUUUCACAAAGAGUGGAUUCAGUGAAGGAAGAAAAUUUGAAACUACGGUCAGAAAAUCAAGUACUGGGCCAAUAUAUAGAGAACUUAAUGUCAGCAUCAUCAGUAUUUCAGUCUACCACACCUAAUGUUCAUAAGAAGUAAAGCAAACAAUGGCACAUAUUUAAUAGGAUAAUUUAUUUUAUUUUAUUAAACUGCCAGGAUUUAUGUAAUGUAAAGAGGCUUAGCUUUAAAAGCACUGGUAUUAUAAUACUUAUAAUAAUUAUUUCAAUUCAAUUGGGAAGACAGCAUAGAUAUUUUGAUGUGUUGUUUUUUAUAUUCUUGUCUCAUACAUGUAGUUUGAUAGAAACAUGAUUUUACAGUGAUUACAAAGUUAUGCUCAAUGUCACACUGGUUGGUAUGUAAAGUAUCAUAUUUAUCUACAAUAUUACCUAUACGGCAUUCAAAUCCAUUGAGGCUUUGAAGCUUGAUUGAGUAACAAAAUUCCAAAUAAUUAUAAACUCACAAUUAUAGUAUUGGUAUGGUUAUUAUCACUAUUAGAUUAUUUUACUACAAGCAAGUUGUCUGUAAGUUGUCUCCCCCGUUGAAUGCAUUCAGCUAUAGCUAUAUUUUCAAAUAAUAUAAUUUAUAUUUGUGGACUGUGCUAUAAGAGAAAUUCUUGAAAUUGUACAGAAAUUAUUGUUUAUAGAGUGAACAUUGCUAGUGCACUGUAUAUUAUAUAUAUAUAUUUAUAUGAAUAUAGCUAUAUUGAAAAAUUAUAUAAUAUAAAGAAAUUCUACUUAAAUGGUGAUAUAUUGAAUGUUCUAUUUCAUUAUUCAUAAUUUACAUUCCAUUUUUAUUCACCUAUUCGAGAAAACAAAUAAAAUUGUAUAUUAAAGACAAUAAAAAUAAUACUAUUCACAGUUUUUGUUCUAGUUUGGAUAUGUUGUAAUAUGUUUAAAUGAUGUAUGAUGAUAUCAUGCAUAAUUGAUUAUUUUUGUUAUAUGCUCUAUAUAAUUAAAACAAUAUACAACAAUACAUCAUUAUCGAGUUUGAAGUGAACAUACAUAUAUUUAUUAUCCUAAUUUAAGUUUUUACUAUAAUAGCUUUAUUUAAUUUUAAACAUACUUAAUUACUGUUGUUUAAUCUCAUUAAUUCCAGCUUAACAAUAAUAUAGUUCUUAAGAAUUUCUGCAAUUAAAUUUUGUAUUCAUUAUACCUAUUUACUUGUUUCUUUGCAUGACCAUGACAUCUGUUAAUCUCUUAAGCAUUUAAUAGUAUAGAAAAUGUUAUAACAACAAUAUCACACACCUAAUACAACACAGCUUUAAAUCGGAUACCUAUCACAUUUUUUUUAAUCAAAUUUAUUACUGCAGUAUAGAAUUUCCAAAAUUUGUAGUU